AAAAAGGGGAAGAAUUCAAUCACACUUCUAAAAUGGUGGCUAAAUUCCACAAACAGGUGAUAUAUAUAUUUUGAAAUUAAUACAGACCCUGGAUUAAACUAAAAGGAAAACUCGUAGUUUCAAUGUCUACACACGAUAUAAAAUUGGAAGUUUGUGUCGACUCAAUCGGAUCAGCACUAGCUGCAGCGGAAGGUGGGGCGGCACGUAUUGAACUCUGUUCGGCGUUGACAGAAGGCGGCCUAACACCAUCUCCUGGUUCGUUGAAGACGAUCAAAAAGCUCAUUAGCAUACCCAUUUACUGUAUGCUACGGCCGAGGCGCGGUAAUGACUUCACCUACUCAAACUCAGAAAUGGAAGUAGUGCUUUUGGAUUUGGAACUACUGCGUGCAAAUGGCGCUGAUGGUUUUGUCUUUGGUGCCCUCACCGACCAACGUACAAUCGAUGUGGAAAAAUGUCAUCGUGUAAUAGAACAUGCUGCAGGCAUGCCAGUCACAUUUCAUCGAGCAUUCGAUCUUACCAAUCCGCAAUUGAUGCAUGAAACAGUCACUAUAAUAAAGGAGCUGGGUUUUAAGCGUUUACUUAGUAGCGGCUUUCGUGCGACUGCUAUCGAGGGAAGUGAAAAUCUCGCACAAUUAAUUGCCAAACAUCGUGACAUCGUCAUAAUGCCAGGUGCAGGUAUUAGCGUAAGCAAUCUGGAUGAAUUGUUGACGGUUACAAAAUGUAUAGAAUUUCAUGCUUCAGCACAGUCUGUGGCAGGUGCACCUUCAAUUAAUGGCGGCGUGGCGCGCAUGGAUUGCGAUGUCACGAUGGGUAAGCAAGAUAUAGAGCCAUAUACCACCACGGAUGUUCAUGUUGUGCGUCAAAUGGUAAGCAUUGCAAUGGCGGCAAAGUGAAUAUGGUAUCAAAACGCUGCAAAAACUAAUAGUAUACGAUUUAACUGGUAAAUUUCAUGCAUAUGUAUUUAAAGAAUAUAAAAAUAAAAUAUUUUAAAUUUUAAGAGAAGUAGAAAUUUAGAUCUGAAAUUUUCCGUUAAGCGCAAUAAAUAUGUACU